AUGUUACUUAUGAAGAAUCUACUCCGCCAGGUUGUUUGCCAAUUCUCGGCAUGUGUGUCGUUUGUCGGAAUCGGCCAUACGUCACUGGGCGAUUCAGAUUGCCGACUUAUGUUCCGGUUUCAGACAGACGAUGAUAAGUUAAACAUCAUAGAAAGUUUUCUGAGAACCCUUCUUUCGGUACUACUAUCCACUGUUCUCUUUGGGAGGUUGAUUUCCGAGGAGCAAUGCGUGGGAGGAUGGCUGUUUGCUGACCAGGCGCAUGGAGAGUCGUUGCGCCUUGAAAACCAGCCUACCACCACACAUUUUGAUGAAAGUGAGGAUGGAGAUGAUCCAAGGCCGCAGUUCAUGAGUUCUGAGCCUAUUUCUCGCAACGCGCCUCCUGAGGGCUUGUCUCAUCUUACAGCGGUCAUGAUAUACGGUCAGAUGUCUUUCAUUACCGGUGAAAUACUGCGCCUUGCAUGA